AUGGCCUUCAGAAACAGCCCGGUGGUACGACAAGGCCUGCAGAGCCUCUUGCAGAAGCGAGCCGACGAUGUUGUGUUCACCACAGCACUGCGAACGCCCAUCGCCCGCAUGAAGAAGGGCUUCAAAGAUGCGUACCCAGAAGAGCUGCUGGCGCACGUUCUGCAGCGAACACGCGAAAGGCUCGAGUCGCGAGGCGUCGACAAGAACAUCAUCGAGGACAUCUGCACGGGUACCGUGCUCAUGGAGCUCGGCGGUGCCAAGUCCGGACGUAUGGCCGCGCUGCACGCCGGGAUGCCCAUCACCUCUGCCUACAAGACGGUCAACCGACAGUGUGCCAGUUCGCUGCAGAGCAUCACGGACAUUGCCAACGCCAUCCGUGCCGGCGAGAUUCAGUGUGGUAUUGCGGCAGGUGUCGAGUCGAUGACGCGCAACUAUGGCUCGCGAGCCAUCCCUGUGGACCUCAGCCCGUGGCUCAAGGAGUCGGACUCGGUCGAUGCACGCGACUGCAUCCUGCCGAUGGGCGAGACGUCGGAGCGUGUGGCGGAACAGUGGAACAUCAGCCGCGAGCGACAGGACGAGUUUGCCGCCGGAUCGCACCGCAAGGCUGACGCUGCUCAGCAGGACGGACGUUUGGCGUCCGAGAUCGAACCGAUCGAGGUGCGCUGGAUCGAUCCGGAGACCGGCAAGGAGGGCAAGAAGCUCAUCAGCAAGGACGAGGGCAUUCGUCCAGGUACCACGCUCGAAUCACUUGCUAAGCUCAAGCCUUUCCUGCGCGCCGAUGGCCGAAGCACUGCCGGCAACUCGUCGCAAGUCAGCGAUGGUGCCGUCGCCCUCACCAUGGCGCGCAGAGAUGUGGCCGAGGCGGCAGGCAUGGAGAUCCUCGGUCGAUGGGUCGGCACGGCGACCAAGGGUGUCAAGCCAGACGUGAUGGGCAUCGGACCCGCCGAGGCGGUGCCCAAGCUGCUGGAGCGCUUCCAGCUCAGGACGGACGACGUUGAUCUGUGGGAGCUCAACGAGGCAUUUGCUUCGCAAUCGCUCAUGGUGAUGGAUACGCUCAAGCUCGAUGCCGCCAAGGUGAACCCCAAGGGUGGUGCGAUUGCGCUCGGACACCCAUUGGGAGCGUCGGGAGGACGACUGGUGACGAGCUUGCUUGCCGAGCUGCGUAGGACCGGCCAGCAGGUGGGUGUGGCUACGCUGUGCUGUGGUACCGGCUAUGGCAAGGCUUCGCUCAUCAUUGCCGAGUGA